CGGACCCGGCGCGCCCUCCUGCUGCUGCUCCUGGCCGUUUCUAAAGGCACUGUGGGAGCAGCUCGUGCGAGGACCCGAAGAGGAAUUCUUGAAUUAGCUGGAGCCAUCAGAUGCACUACGGGACGGUCUCCCUUCGCCUACCUGCGCUACGGAUGCUACUGUGGUCUGGGAGGAAGAGGCUGGCCCAAGGACACCGUUGACUGGUGCUGCUUCGACCACGACUGCUGCUACGGCAGGGCAGAGCAGGCCGGCUGCCAGCCCAAGGUGGAGAGCUACAGCUGGGAGUGCGAGGACAAGGCUCCCGUGUGCGAAUCACUAGAAGACAGAUGUCAAAAAAUGGCAUGCGAAUGUGACCGUGAAGCUGCCAAGUGUUUUUCUAAAGCUCCCUAUCAUACAAAGUACCUUUUGUGGCCAGAUUCCAUGUGUGGUGAGAUUCAGCCUUUCUGUAGACAUUAGAUAAGGAUAGCUGUCCUUAUGRAAACUCUAUACGUAUUUAAAUCUAAAAAGACUUUUUUUCUCUUGUUACCAUAGAAAAUAAAUGAAUUUUUCCCCCUUUCUUGAUCCUGCUUUCUACCAACUCAGCCCUGAAUAGCCAAAGCAAGAACUUGUCCUCUUGUUUAGCUUUCAUUGGACUAAAAGCAAAUUUCUCUGUAAAAAUACAUUAUUCUGUGACUAAAUAUCAUGUUAUUAAYAUAAUAUCAAUAAUAUAUUACUUCUGUGACUAAUUACCAAUUUAUCAUCUUAAGGGAUAACUGACUUAAAAUUUAUCUGGUUUACCUUCAUAUUAACAGUAUCAUUCCCUGAAAUUUUUCAUCCAUACUAGGUAUAUGAUGCCAUCCUUUCCACUAGCAUUUAACAUUCUUUUGUGAAAUGUUAACAAUUUGUUAACUUUGAACUAACAAGAAAAAAAUCCAUGA